GGCAACAUGACACUACUUUGCUGAGUUCAAACACUACCUCACAAGCUGAAGAUUUAAUGUUGGAGCAAGAUGGAUCAAGAAAGGAAAAGAGCAAGCCAAGGGUAAGGGCUACAACUAUUGAUGAAUUUUUAAAAGAAAAUGGGAUAGAUGUUGAAAUUGAUGGACUAAGCUCUGAACUAAGUGAUGAUGUGGGAGAUAGCUUUCCACUUGAUGAAAAUUAUUAUUCACAUGUGAUGGAGGACAUUGAUGAUGACGAAGGAGAGCCAAAGAAGAAGAAAACCCGGGGAAAAACAACUUGCAAAGAGAUUUAUGCAAGAACUAUGGAACAGCGGAAAGAAGUUAUUUUUGAUAUUGGACAGCCAGUAGGACCAACCGAUCAAAGUGUGUCUAAUUUAACUAGUUUCGUAGGAACAAUUGGGAGAAAUAAAAGAUUUGUGAGUCUGUUGUACACUAGCUGGCAUGCUGUAACUCCUAAAGCUAAGAAAUUCAUGUGGAACUAUGUUAAUACCAAGUUUAUCCUCCCAGACAGUGGAGAAAAGUGGGUGAUCCAAGCAAUUCGGGAUGCUUGGAAGCGGUUCAAGGGAAAGAUUAAGCAGAAGCACUUUGUUCCCUUUGAUACCAUCGAAGAUAUGGUGAAAAAUCGACCGACACAAGUUCCAGAAAGUCAAUUCAUAAAAUUGAUCUAUUAUUGGAGUCAUCCUACAAUCCAGUCAAUAAGUGAAAAAAAUAAGAAACAUAAAGAACAACAGAAGUUUCCACAUCGCAUGGGGCCAAUCAACUUCGGAAGAGUACGAGUGGCUCUGCGCGCGACAAAGGAAACAAAUGAGGAACCAAAAAGGUUUGAAAUGUUCCUUGCUACUCGAACAAGUCGGAAAAGGAAGGAAGUUGAUCAGGAAACACAAGAUGCAAUUGAUGAAUUCCAAAACCGGCAAGCUGCUGGUGAAACAGAUGAGGAAGCUUUUGAGUCUUUAUUUGGAAAAGAACAACCAGGUCGGGUUAGGUGCUACGAAAGAUCUAUUACACGACGUGACUUAAAAAGGCAUGCAGAAAUUUCUGAACUCAAGCAACAACACCAGGAGGAAGUCACAUCUUUGAAGGCUGAACUUGGAGAGAUGAAGGCCAAACAGCAGCACCAAGAGGCUGACCUUCAUGGAUUGCGAAACAUGAUUAAGUUACUAGUUCAGCUAUCUGAACCUGGAAUGAGGCCGGAAGAAAUUGAAGCUUUGUUACAAGAUGCCCAACACUCUCCAAUUGAUGCAAAUAGCGCUCAUGGAUCAACACAUAUUCCAAACAUGAAUAUGGUAUGACCAGUUUUUUCUUAUUCCCUAAUAUUUGUUUAUAUAUUGUUAAUUGUUAAUUAGGAUUUUGAGUUUAAAAUUUUUAUUUGUUAGAACU